AUGAAGCUUCGUCAUAUUACUGGUAGCAGGAAACAGGAAGACCAAUUUGUACACUCAAAAUAUGAAUCGCCAUUAACAUCAGCAUUCACACAAUUUGUACCUUCGCAAGAGAUUAUAAAAUCAUCGGGACCACCGACUAGUCGCAUAUUUCAAAAUUGCUCAAUAGCAUGGCUAGAUACUGGCACGAAUGACUUGAGCAAUGACGAUGCUUGUCAUAUGAUCACAGCGUUACGACGCAUUGUUAAUUCGGUACAUAAAUUUGACACAGUCAACGCAUGUGUUGAUUUUAUUCGAAGCAUUGAAAAUGAAACAAUAUUCAUAGUUCUAUCUGGAGUUCUUAAUCAAACGACAAUAUCUCUCAUCCAUGGUUUACCGCAGAUUAGUUCUAUUUAUAUCUUCUGCGACAACAAAUUAGAAUAUGAAGCCUGGAUACCUAAAUGGCCGAAAAUUCAAAAUUUUUUCAAGGAUUUUCCGUCACUAAAUGAAGCCCUUGCAAAUGCCGCUCAUGAAUGUGAUCGGAAUACAAUUCCGAUGACUUUCAUCGGAAUGACUGAUGAAACAUCAGAAGAAAAUCCUGAUAAAUCAAAUCAAAUGUUUAUGUUUACUCAAAUAUUAAACGAAUUAUUAUCGACAAUAGAGUUCACAGAAAAAUCUAUUCAAGAAUUUUCAACUUAUUAUCGUAAACAACUGAUUGACAACGUUACUGAACUGAGAAAUAUCGAUAAAUUUGAACGAGAAUAUCACGACUACACACUCACAUGGUGGUAUACGUCUCAAUUUUUCGUUAGUUCUAUGCUCAAUCGAGCGCUGCGUUCUAUGGAUGUUGUCACACUCCUUAAAAUGGGUUUCUUCAUAUUUGAUCUGCAACAGUACAUUUUUAAACUUCAUUUGCAGCAAAAGAUUGCUCAUCAAAAUUCAAAGGUUUUCAUCGUCUAUCGUGGUCAAGGUAUAUCGCAAAAGGACUUCGAUCAACUGAGGAGAUCACGCAAUCACUUGUUAUCGUUUAAUAAUUUUUUAUGUGCAAGCAAAUGUGCGAAUAUCGCUAUGAAUUAUGCUCGUCAAGCUCUUGCCACUCCUGAUUUAAUAGGUGUUCUAUUUGCUAUUACCAUAGAUCCUUCUCUAGACUCAACUCCGUACGCAACUAUUCGCGAAAGUAUUUACGAUCCGACAGACGAAGAUUUUCUUUUUUCGCUAAAUCCGGUGUUUCGCAUUGGUCAACUUGAAUCAAUUUUUAAAGGUAAUAGUCGUCUCUGGCAAGUAGACUUGACAUUAACGAGUAAUAACGAUCCACAAGUUCGAGUUUUAAACGAACGUAUUCUUGAAUUAGCUAAUCCUCAUAGUAUAGGAUGGCGUCGAUUAAGUGAAUUUUUGAUAAACCUACGUGAAGUUGAUAAAGCUCAAAUUAUAUGUGAUACAUUGAUAACUGAGAUAUUCGACGAAGACGAAAAAGCAUAUCUACAUUAUCAAUACGGUUCAAUUAAAUUUCACCGAGAAGAAUAUACAGAAGCGAAAUUAUUGUACAAUUUCGCACUUGACAUCUUUGAAAAAAUUCGUUCGCCUGCACACAUCGAUGUGGCCAAAUGUUACCAUAGGAUUGGUUCAGUCUAUGAAGCAAUGAACGAUUAUUCAGCAGCACUUCUACGCUACGAAAAAGCACUUGAAAUGUAUGAGAAAAAUCUUCCAUUACAUGAUCCGAUUUUGAUUGGUUUGAACAAAAAUAUCGCAAGAGUCUAUUCUCAAAUAGGCAACUACUCAAAAUCACUGUGGUACUAUGAAAGAGUACUUGAAAUUAACAAAACUAUUCCAUCAACAAAUAAUUCUGAUCUAGCUAAUUGUCACAUUGAUAUGGCGCUGGUCUACAAAAAAACUGGUGAUUAUUUAAAAGCAAUAUCACUCUUAGAAAAAACAAUUUCAAUGCUUGAAAACGAUCAACAGUCAAAUUCUACUGAUAUAGCAACAGUAUAUAAUCAUAUUGGUUCGUUAUACGAAAAAUUGAAUCGAAAUUCGACUGCACUUGCGUAUUUUGAAGAAGCAUUAGAAAUCAAUGAAGCAAAUCUUCCUCCUCAUCAUCCUGCGUUAGCUGUAUGUUAUAGAAAUAUUGGCUCAGUAUAUUUUCAAAAAAACGAUUAUUUAAAAGCACUUUCGUUUUAUCAAAAAGCACAUGAACUCUACCGAAGAAUUUUGCCUAGAAAUAAAAUCCAUUUAGCGAUUUCAUAUACUGAUCAGGGUGAUGUGUAUGAGCAAAUAGGCAACUAUACACAAGCACUUUUAUAUUACAAAGCAGCAUUGACAACUUAUCAAAGUAUUUGUCCUUUACGUCAUUGCGAUAUAAUCAUGAUGUACAAUAAAAUUGGUUUGACAUAUUCCCAGACGGGUGAAUAUCCUGCGGCACUUUCAUGUCAUGAAAGAGCAUUGGAAAUCUGUCGAAAGAAUCUUCCUGAAAAUCAUCCUAAUUUUGCUUAUUCUUCUAUUUGCAUUGGUGAUGUCUAUGAUAACAUGGGCGAUCGUUUAAAAGCACUUUCAUUUUAUAAAUCGUCUCUUGAAAUCGGACACAGCGCAUUGCCUGCAAGUAAUAUUUGCCUUGAAAAAUGGAGCGAUAUUCUCGAACGAUUAAGAACGAAAUUAAAAAUGCAAUCCAAAGAAUAA